UAAUAACUGAAAUGUGCGGCUGGGUUGUGUAUAUAAAUCUCUCGAACGAGAGGCAUAGAAGAGAAAUUAAUUGAGUAGAACAUAUUUACUCAAACACUUGAUAAAAUGUUUGGGGAUAUUAUUUUUGCCUGCGUAUUGGAUGUUGCCGCUACAGCUUCGCAGAUUGCGGGGGGAGUAAUUCAAUCUAAGAAGGUGAGGAAUGCGGUGAAGGAUCCGUCGAGUUCAAGUGAUUGUUCAGCGGGAAUGGAUGUUAUCAUUUUUUGGACACCUUUGCUAGUUGCAGGAGGUUGUGGUCUGAUGGCUCAUAUAAUUGCUUGCAUAUAUGGACGACGCAUCUACCGCAAUCGUGAUGAAUCUCUCCCCAAAAAAGAGAAGAAGAUAUAUGCAAUGCUUUUUGCACUAGCCUCUUGGGGAUUUAGCCGUGGCACCAUUCUCGCUGGAGGACGGGGCAAGUCACCUCACCGGAGGCGUGCAGCGGCAAUCGGCGGCGACGACGGCGAUGGUCUUGACAGCCGCGGCUGUGUCGCACUGAAGGUGCUGAAGAUGUCCGACAGUUUGAGGUUUUACGCUAUAAGGAUCAAUGAAUGAGCUAUAAGGAUCAAUGAAUGAGGCAGCUGGGGAAUUGUAUGUUGACUCUCGAGUUUUGACAGCUGGGUUUUAUUUUUUUUAUUUGGCCUAAUUUCAUUAAG